GUCUGUCUGUCUGUCUGUCUGUCUGUCUGUCUGUGUCUCUUUCUCUCUUUCUUUCUGUCUCUUUCUUUCUGUCAAUCUCUCUCUUUCUUUCUUUAUUUUUUAUUUUUUCUUCCUCUCUCUUUCUGUCUCUGUCUACCUCUCCCAGAUAUCCGUGUGAUGGCAGCCUCUCGCAGGACCAUGUCUGAGGAUGUGGUGUCUGAUGGGGGUGGGGACACCUGUACAGGGCGUGGCCGGGUGGCUCAGCUCAUGAAGACCUUCAGUGUGACAUGCCCCACCCCCUCCACACAGACCCCUCUCCCCCGCGGCAACAAGCCCUCCAUCCCCACCAAACCCAGCCACCUGCGUCUCGUUGCCAGCCCCUCACUCAGGUAAUCCACAGGACAGGACCAGAUAACCAGGCCCACCGCCCUGUCCCCCAUUCCAUCCCCACCCAGGCCCCACUGGACAUUGCUGGACAUCCAGCCUGGGGCCUCAGCCACUGGGGACAGGCAUGCAGGCCACAUGAGUCUCUCAGGAACACAACCAAACGUUUGACUCGAUUGCUAUUACUCCAAAAGCAAUGCAAUGGUAUAGAGAUUUUAAAAUGUUUACUUUUGUUUACUUUUUAAAAAUGUUUACCAUGUUUUAUUUUAAAUUGUACAGUACUGUAAAUUCUCUCUGUGGGAAAGGCGAACCAAUAGCGUUGAUCGUAAACAGCAUCUUCCUUUGUAUCCUGCUUUUGCCUUUUUAUAUUCACAAAGGUAUUUGGGUGGUUCCACUAAUUAGAUGCCUUUUGAGUAGUGUAACUGAGUUUUAUUUCACCUCAUUUUAACAUUCCGUCAAUGUUCAACUUAAUAAAAAACAUGUUUUCCCGUCUCAAGAGGUAAAAGAAAAUGACUAUAGUAAGGCCUAUUAAGUGCUGAAUAAAGUAACAGGAUUGACGACUUCAUCUUAAAUCAGCCAUAACUCCCCUCGUGACAGAGGGAAUGGAAGCUUUUUGUGUGCAACAGGGACGGGCAAUUGAAUGCAAGCUUCACAAUUUUAUAUUUUUGUUACCGUCCAAUGCAGCUGUUUUUAAUCUCAAUAUCAAAUCAUUUCUGGGUAACAGUGAAGUACCUUCAUGUGAUAGUUUUCAAUUGAAAUGGUCAACAAGAAAACAAAAAUAGCUUCUUAGCAAAGAACAAUUUCUCAAGCAAGAAUUUUGCUGCAGGACUGUCUGGGAGUGGUCUGAGUAGGCUGGGGAGAAUGUAAACCUAGCUGCAGAGAGGUUUGGAACUCUCUUUCUUAUUGGUCUAUUAACAAAUUUACCGGUGAUGUCACCAGGCAGGCCAGAACGUCAUUCCACCAAAACAGGCCGACAUUUCAGGUCUUUUUUUUUUCUUCAAACAUUUCUUACACUAAAAUGGCAUUAUCAUCUUUUUCACAGUUUCACAGUAUUAUUCCAACCUCUAAGUGUGGAAAUAUAUAUAACAUCACGUUUUGGACUAAAUAUGUAUAGCCUGUCUGUCUAUAGGUAACAGGGUUGAUGCUCGACCUGCUCAGUUCUCCACCACAAAACAACAGAAAAUGGCCAAUGACUAUUAGAUGUUCAAUGUUUCUUCAAAAAAUUGUUUUUUAAAUGAAUAGUUUUAGCAUAUUAAAAUGCGAUUUCUGUUCAUGUAACAGACUUGACCUUAAAAUGGCCAGGUUUUCUUUACCUUUUAAAAUGAAUAACUAAUCACAUGAAAUAAAUAAUCAUCUUCAGAAAUGACUUUAUCAAAGCAACAAAAUAACUAGGGCUUCACAAGGAAGGUGAAAAUGUGGAUACAUCUUGGUUAAGUGGGUUAAAGUCUAGAAGUUACAAUCAAUCAAAGCAAGCAAUGCCGGCGUAGAAGCACAGUGGCUAGAGGGUGCACAGAGAGACGUCAGAAUGCAGAAUGCAGAGAGCAAUUUAGCAAGUCUUUAUUCACAUUGGAUUUAUUGAAUUGUCCAUGUGGUCUAUAUUAAAAGGCACUUCAUUUAAUAUAACCGGCUUUUAAAGUUAAUUAUUUGUGCACAAUUCCUUAAAAUAUCCCUUAUUUCAUGGAACAACCCUAUCAUUGACCAUAUCAUACCAUGUAUUCAUUCACCUGUUGAUAUUGUUUUUGAAAUAUUAUCAUUUACAAAUCCUACUUCAUUGAUACACUUAUCAUACAAUACAUUCACAAAGCCUGUACAAUGCUAUCAAGGUCAUAACCUGUACUUGUGAUCUCCAAAAGGUAUGACAAAUGUAAACUUGAAUGACAUAGUACAUGCAGUAAUAUGUGUUUCGUCAUUAUGAGGUGUUGGCUACUAUAUAGAGAGAAACUGUGCUAAUGUUGACAGGGCCAAAUAGUUCAUACAGAGCUGUCAUGACCAAGGAGAUGGGUGGAUUACAGUAUGGACAGACCGGUAGAACAGGAUCAGUGAGGUGGUUCCUCCUUGAUCCCUGGGAACAGCACUCACCGCUCGCUUACUGCCACUUCUCCCAUGACUUUAACCUGGCCAAAGCAGCACGGUGUGCGACUUACCUACCUGAGAUGGAACAAUGACUGUGUCAAAUGCCUCCUCUCUGUGUCCCAGUGGACCAAACACUGGCAAGCCACACGGUCCAUGCCAAAUAAUACUCCUCAGCUCUGGCAAGCCACACGGUCCAUGCCAAAUAAUACUCCUCAGUUCUGGCAAGCCACACGGUCCAUGCCAAAUGAUACCCCUCAGUUCUGGCAAGCCACACGGGCCAUGCCAAAUAAUACUCCUCAGUUCUGGCAAGCCACACGGUCCAUGCCAAAUAAUACUCCUCAGUUCUGGCAAGCCAAACGGGCCAUGCUAAAUAAUACUCAGCUCUGGCAAGCCACACGGUCCAUGCCAAAUAAUACUCCUCAGUUCUGGCAAGCCACACGGUCCAUGCCAAAUAAUACUCCUCAGUUCUGGCAAGCCACACGGGCCAUGCUAAAUAAUACUCAGCUCUGGCAAGCCACACGGUCCAUGCCAAAUAAUACUCCUCAGUUCUGGCAAGCCAAACAGGCCAUGCUAAAUUAUACUCAGCUCUGGCAAGCCACACGGUCCAUACCAAAUAAUACUCCUCAGUUCUGGCAAGCCACACGGUCCAUGCCAAAUAAUAAUCCUCAGCUCUGACAAGCCACACGGUCCAUGCUAAACAAUAAUCCUCAACUCUGGCAAGCCACACGGUCCAUGCCAAAUAAUAAUCCUCAACUCUGGCAAGCCACACGGUCCAUGCUAAACAAUAAUCCUCAGCUCUGGCAAGCCACACGGUCCAUGCCAAAUAAUAAUCCUCAGCUCUGGCAAGCCACACGGUCCAUGCCAAAUAAUAAUCCUCAGCUCUGGCAAGCCACACGGUCCAUGCCAAAUAAUAAUCCUCAGAUCUUUGUUAUUAUUCUCUCAGUUUUCUGAUUGGUUGCACUCUUUGUUGUUUUUGACUGUGUCUUGUGUGAUGAGUGCUGUCCUACAAGGUGUGUGCUGCACUUUGUGUGUGAUCUCAAUCACAGUAGAACAAUAAAAAUCAUUUGACUCA